UUGGAUCGGUUUACGGCAAUAGAGGGAGGAAGAAUGAGAAAGAUGACGGUUUGGGGCGGGAGAAUGAGUGAAUGCGAAUGAGAUGGAGGGGGUUGGGGAGCAGGUAAGAUCAACUCCACCAGAGGCUAUAACCUGGUGGACAGGCGACCCAAAAAAACCCAAUAGCCUCCCUUCCUUGCUCCAGCCAAUGCGGAUUGGGCUCGGGGAAGCCUAGUGGACAGGCCAGGCUGGAAUAAACAGCCCAAGAGCCUGAGGACCAGCUAAUGCCAGGCUGACGUCAAGGUGACGUCAACCACGAACUGUAGAAAGAUCGGGAAAAAAUGGCUUUAGGUUACGGCCCCAACGACGCAGCCUGCUUCAGGUUCUUGCUCAUUUUGUUGGUGACAUAUGGCCUCAUGGCGGCGUUGGUUCACUCCAUACUCACCAUGCACUUCAUCAAGCCUCUUGAGAUCGACGCCCCUGAUCGUUUCUCGAAAGCCAGAGCUUUCAAGCACGUUCGAGUCUUGACCCAAGAGAUCGACGGUCGCCAGUUUCCUAAUUUGUUGAUAAGAAGGGCGUCCUGGCUUGACAGAAGCUGCUCGAUACAUUACAGGGCAAUUGGAAAUGAUAAAAUUAUUUUGUAUUAUUUUAUAAAAUAAAAAAUAUUAAUAUAUUAUUGCAUAUUGCCAUGACUAUUCAGUUUAUAGGUGGAGAUGCAAAAAGAAAUUACUAUUCAUUAAAGGCAAUUACGGUUCACUAGAGGAGAUUGAAUAGGAAGUUGCCCUAGAGGGCCUUUGUCACACUGGAGUUGCUCUAAUAGUAGGAGGACUAAAUUUAGAAACUAAAUUUACAAACUAGAUUAUUUGUCACCAAUAAGAAUAAGCAUAUUUAUCAAUGUGUAAGGAAUAAGCCAAUCAUCAACUUUCAUGUUCUUUAGUUUUCAAAAUUUUAUCUACAAAUUUAAUCUUCUUAGCAUAGAGCAAGGCUUUCGUUGCUAUCGUAUUACAAAUUUACAAGUUUCUGCACCAUUUGGGGCCCCUUGGGUUUGACAGACCAAGCCACGCAUGAAAUUAAAGAUCCAAAAUACUUGGGUCUAACUUCUCUCACAUUGCACCAUGAAGUUUUGAAAUUAUAUCAAUUUAUUGGGUGCGGCUUUCAUGGUCCUUACCAUUUUAUUGUUCAGGUAUUUUCUAAAUGAAUUUAGCAUUUUUUUUUUUUUUUUUUUUGAAAAAAAAAAUUCCAUUCCAUUAAGAAAAGACAAAGGUUGUGAUUGGGCCAGCAUAUAUUAGCCGGCCAACACAAAGGAUUGCAAGCAACCCAAAAAAAUUAGGAAACCCCAAGUACAAAAUAAGCC